AUCUCCCUCCUCAGUCCCUCGCUCCCCCCCACCCCCCCCAAAUCGCAAACCCAAAAAAUGCAAUCUUUGCUAGGGCUAGGGUUUUGAUUUCCUCCGUUCUACCGAUUAAUGCUCGACGAAGGAGCCAAUUCUCUUCUCCUGCCAAGAAAGAAGAAGGGAGAGGGCGGCGGCCGUGCUCUUGUCGCAUCGAAUUAGGGUUUUUUGGGGGUGAAAGCUAGGGUUUUUUUAAUAGGGCUUCGUGGGAUGGCGAUGGUUGUAGCUGGGCAGGGGCAAAAUGGGAAGAGCAUCCAGCAGCAGAUUGAUGCUGGCAAGUACGUUAGGUAUACGCCGGAGCAAGUGGAGGCGCUGGAGAGGGUUUACAGUGAGUGCCCCAAGCCUAGUUCGAUAAGGAGGCAGCAGCUGAUUAGGGAGUGCCCGAUUCUUUCGAAUAUUGAGCCUAAGCAGAUCAAAGUCUGGUUUCAGAAUCGAAGGUGCCGUGAGAAACAAAGGAAAGAGGCCUCUCGUCUCCAAACUGUAAACAGAAAGCUGACUGCUAUGAACAAGCUGCUGAUGGAGGAAAAUGACCGUUUGCAGAAACAAGUUUCUCAGCUUGUUUAUGAUAAUGGCUACAUGCGCCAACAGAUACACACUGUGGCUACUACUGACACUAGCUGUGAGUCUGUAGUGACGAGUGGUCAGCACCACCAACAGCAGAACCCGACACCUCAGCAUCCUCAAAGGGAUGCUAACAACCCAGCUGGUCUACUCGCAAUUGCUGAGGAGACCCUGGCAGAGUUCCUCUCCAAGGCGACUGGAACCGCUGUGGAGUGGGUUCAGAUGGUUGGGAUGAAGCCUGGUCCGGAUUCUAUUGGAAUCAUUGCUGUUUCCCACAAUUGUAGUGGUGUAGCAGCACGAGCCUGCGGUCUUGUGAGUCUCGAACCCACAAAGGUCGCAGAGAUCCUUAAAGAUCGCCCAUCUUGGUAUCGUGACUGCCGAUCCCUUGAUGUACUCACUGUUAUCCCUACUGGAAAUGGAGGGAAUAUUGAGCUUAUGUAUAUGCAGACUUAUGCUCCUACAACUUUAGCAUCAGCUCGGGACUUUUGGACGCUUAGAUAUACUACUGGUCUCGAAGAUGGCAGUCUUGUGAUCUGUGAGAGAUCAUUGACUCCUUCCACCGGUGGACCAGCUGGACCUCCUGCUUCUGGGUUUGUUAGAGCUGAGAUGCUGCCCAGUGGGUAUUUGAUUCGACCUUGUGAGGGUGGUGGUUCGAUGAUUCACAUUGUUGAUCAUAUGGAUUUGGAUGCUUGGAGUGUGCCUGAGGUGCUGAGGCCCUUGUAUGAAUCACCAAAAAUAUUGGCACAGAAAAUGACCAUAGCCGCGUUGCAUCAUAUUAGACAAAUUGCACAAGAAACCAGUGGUGAAAUUGCUUAUGGUGGUGGAAGACAACCUGCUGUAUUGAGGACAUUUAGCCAGCGAUUGAGCAAGGGUUUCAAUGAUGCUGUGAAUGGGUUUACGGAUGAUGGUUGGUCAUUAUUGGGCAGUGAUGGCGUUGAGGAUGUGACGAUUAUGAUAAAUUCAUCACCAAAUAAGCUUUUUGGAUCUCAUGCCAACUCUUCCAUAUUUUCUCCCAUUGGUGGAGGCAUCUUAUGUGCAAAGGCCUCUAUGCUACUGCAGAAUGUGCCACCAGCUUUGCUUGUUCGGUUUCUGAGGGAGCACCGAUCUGAAUGGGCUGACUGUGGUGUUGAUGCAUAUUCUGCUGCGUCCUUGAGAGCUAGCCCAUAUGCAGUUCCAGGCUUGAGGGCUAGUAAUGGGUUUAUGGGUGGUCAGGUUAUAUUACCUCUUGCUCACACCGUAGAACAUGAAGAGUUCCUGGAGGUAAUUCGGCUAGAAGGUCAUGGGUUCACGCAAGAUGAUGUUAUUAUGUCCAGGGACAUGUUUCUGUUACAGUUAUGUAGUGGAGUUGAUGAGAACUCGGUGGGUGCAUGUGCUCAGCUUGUGUUUGCUCCUAUAGAUGAGUCUUUCGCUGAUGAUGCUCCCCUCCUGCCCUCUGGAUUCCGUAUUAUACCACUUGACCCUAAAACGGACUCACCUGCUGCUACUCGAACUCUUGAUCUUGCAUCGACACUGGAGGUUGGACCCGGUUCUGCUGCCCGCUCUGCAAGCGAUAAUGCUUCAAAUGCGUACAACCUGAGAUCUGUUCUGACAAUUGCUUUCCAGUUCACGUUUGAGAAUCACCUCAGAGACAAUGUGGCAGCGAUGGCUAGACAGUAUGUGAGAAGUGUUGUAGCCUCGGUGCAGAGAGUUGCUAUGGCUAUUGCUCCUUCUCGGUUGGGCACUCAGCUUGGAGUUAAGCAUCCACCUGGAUCCCCUGAAGCACAGACUCUUGCUCGGUGGAUUUCCCGUAGCUACAGGUUCCAUACUGGAGUGGAGCUCUUUCGUGCAGAGCCUCAAGCUGAUGACUCACUGCUGAAACUCCUAUGGCAGCAUUCGGAUGCAAUUAUGUGUUGCUCUCUGAAGGCAACGCCAGUGUUCACGUUCGCCAAUCAAGCUGGUCUCGAUAUGCUGGAAACAACCCUCAUCGCCCUUCAAGAUAUCACUCUUGAGAAGAUUCUUGAUGAUGGCGGUCGCAAAAUAUUAUGCUUAGAAUUCCCAAAGAUCAUGCAACAGGGCUUUGCAUAUCUACCCGGUGGUAUAUGUGUAUCGAGCAUGGGGCGCCCCGUAUCCUAUGAGCAGGCUGUAGCUUGGAAAGUCCUUAACGACGACGAUUCUCACCACUGUUUAGCUUUUAUGUUUGUGAACUGGUCUUUUGUUUGAUCAUAUUCCUCUUUAUGCAUCUUGCUAUUUUAUGAAACUUUAAUGUCGUAUAUGAGGAACCAAUUAUGGAUUGUACUCAGUUAAGUUAUGUUGACAGCUUAUCUACUACGUUUGUUUUUAUGUGCUA